AUGGACAAGAAUGCUUCAGCCGCUCCGGAAAAGGCCAAAGAGCCAGAGAAAAUGGAUGUUGAACAAGAGGUAAGAAAUUCUUUCCUUGCUGUUGGUCUUUAGAUCUUUGGAGAAUUUUGCAAUGUCUAAGGGGUCGAAUGGACCUAAAAUUGCUAUGGAUUGCUACUACGUUCUUCUUUUACUCUUUUUGAUCAAUCUAUGGCAACUUUUUGAUAUGAACGUCAUGUGUAAUAUAAUUUAUUGCAGGAGGCCCUUGAUGAGGACGUUCUUCGAAUGAGUGCUGAUGAUCUCAAGUCCAGAAUCCAGCUUCUGGACAGUGAUGUGCGAAUUAUGCGUAGUGAGGUUCAACGGAUCAACCACGGAUGUCAGACCUUGAAGGAGAAGAUCAAGGAGAAUACCGAGAGAAUUAAGGUGAGUUCUUGACAUGUUUUGUUGGUUUUUAGGCUGAAAAGACUUGUUCUUGCUCUGUCGUAAAAAUGAGAAGCGUCUGAACGCUAUCAACUUAGCUAUGAGCAGUUUUCUUCUCCAUCAUGGAUAAUAUUUGCAGGUGAACAAAACUCUGCCUUAUUUGGUGUCCAAUGUGAUCGAACUUUUGGAACUCGAAGACACCCAGGAGGACGAAGGUGCCAACGUGGAUUUGGACGCCCGAAAGACCCAAUGCGCUGUGAUUAAGACCUCCACCAGAGCAACUUAUUUCCUUCCAGUUGUCGGUCUUGUGGACCCCAAAGAAUUGAAGCCCGGAGACUUGGUUGGUGUCAACAAAGACUCAUACCUUGUCUUGGAGAAACUCCCAGCCGAAUAUGACAGCAGAGUGAAGGCUAUGGAAGUGGACGAGCGUCCAACAGAACAGUACAGCGAUAUCGGAGGUUGUGAUAAGCAGAUCACCGAGUUAAUUGAAGCUGUGGUCCUUCCAAUGACCCACAAAGAGCGCUUCAUCAAUUUGGGAAUUCAUCCACCAAAGGGUGUGUUGAUGUAUGGCCCACCCGGAACCGGAAAGACCAUGUUGGCCAGAGCUGUAGCUGCUCAAACUAAGAGUACCUUCUUGAAGUUGGCGGGUGAGUAAUUUUUGAUUUUUUUUUUGUUGGUUUUUAGGUUCGAAGGGAUUGAAGAGGAAGGCAAUGGCAAGGUAGAUGUUUCUAGAGAAUAUUAGAAGGGGAAAUUAUGUUUUUGAUUCGAAAAUUUCAAGUGCAUUAUAUUACUUUAGGUGGUGAAGGUAAAAAAAACUUGAUUUUUCGGUGGUUUCGGGCUUGAGAUGGCUGUAAAUUGUAGAAUAUAUAUUGUGAAGACAUUUCUGAGCUUUUGAAAAAGAAAGUUUGAUGUUUUUAGGUCAAAAAAUGAGUUAUAUUACUUUAGAUUCAGGUCUGAAAAAAAAUCAAUUCUUGUUAUUUCUUGGGCUUAAAUUUAGCUUAGGCGGGGUGUAAUGGUCUCUACUGGAAUUUAGAAUGCUAAUAAAACCAAAGCGAAGUUAUUUUUCAACAUGUUUUUUGAUCAAAAUACCAAGUGUAUUGUUUUAGGUCCCCAACUCGUCCAAAUGUUCAUUGGAGACGGUGCGAAGCUUGUCCGUGAUGCGUUCGCCCUAGCCAAAGAGAAAGCACCCGCCAUCAUCUUCAUUGACGAGUUGGAUGCCAUUGGAACGAAGCGGUUUGACUCGGAAAAGGCUGGUGACAGAGAAGUACAAAGAACCAUGUUGGAACUCCUCAAUCAACUAGAUGGAUUCCAACCCAACGAUGAUAUUAAAGUUAUUGCCGCCACCAACAGAAUCGACGUCUUGGAUCCGGCCCUCCUGCGAUCGGGACGUCUGGACAGAAAGAUCGAACUUCCUCAUCCAACAGAAGAGGCCAGAGCCAGAAUUAUGCAGAUCCAUUCGAGAAAAAUGAAUGUCCAGUGAGUUUCUUGGGGUAUUUGGGGCGCAUGUUAAAAGUUUGAAAGGAGAUGGAUGAGCUUUGAAGAAAAAAUUAUAUUACACAUGAGGGUUUAGAGAAUUUUGUGGAAAAAGUCGAUGUUUUUGGGAGUUUCGAAAGGAGUAAUGGGUAUUAGAAUGGUUUAGAGAAGUAAUGGAAGAACUUAAGCCCAAUUAUGAUCUAAAAUACGAAAAAAAUAUAUUACACGUGGCAAAAAUUUUUUUGAUUGGCCGAAUUCUUGAUCUUUUUGGAACUUUUAAAGCUUAGUGAGAUGUUCCAUGGAUGAAAAAAACAAAUUGAAGCGGUUCUGAGCAAAAAAAAUAUAUUACACAUGGUGGAUUAGAUCAAAAAAAGUAAUUUGCGUUAAAAACUUAUGUUAUAUAAUUGAAUUUCCCGCGUAAUAAUUGCAAAUCAAGCGCAACGGCAUGCAAUUUUAUGCUUUUGUCUCCGAAAACGACGCAUUCUUUGAUCCCGCGAGCUCGGUCUGCGCCCUUUUUUCCAUUUCGAAGUGGUUCUUUAGUCGAAGAAAAGGGUAAGAAAAACGUAUUUCCAAAAUAUUUAUCGUUGUUUUUGAGUAGUAAACAAUAUCUUUGGGUUGUUGGUGGCAAAAGUGUGUAUUUUUGAGCUUUUUGAAAUUGAUUUGAAAGCCCUGAGGGCUUACGGGGGAAUUUUUAGGGGUAAAAGGAAUUGUGGGAGAGAUUUAGAGACGCAGACUUGAUCCAGAGGCAAAAAACGUUCCAUUUUGCAUCCGGGAAAUAUCAAAAACGCAACAAAAUACCUCACUCUCCAAGUGAAAAGACUCCUUUUUUGAGUGAAAGGACGCGCCCUCCGAAAGGAGUCUUUUCUGUGUGAGGUAUUUUGCUGCAUUUUUGAUACUUCCCGGAUGCAAAAUCGCACGUUUUUUGCCACUGGAUCAAGUCCGGCCCUCUAAAUCUCUCCCACAAUUCUUUUUACCCCUAAAAAUUCCCCCGUAAGCGCUCAGGGCUUUCAAAUCAAUUCCAAAAAGCUCAAAAAUGCACACUUUUACCACUAACAGCCCAAAGAUAUUGUUUACAACUCAAAAACAACGAUAAAUAUUUUGGAAUACGCUUUUCUUACCCUUUCUUCGACUAAAGAACCACUUCGAUAUGGAAAGAGGGGCACAGACCAAGCUCGAAAUAGCUACUUUAGAGGGAUUUUGGACGAUUUUUUGCGGGAAUUUUUAAAAUUAUGUUGUUUUAGGCCGUUUUUUUUUGACGAUUUUUGAGAAAAUUUUGAAAUUUUUUGUGGUUUUUGAGCUUGUUUUCGCUAAUACGAAUCGAUUUCAGCAAGGAUGUGAACUUUGACGAGCUCUCCCGCUGCACCGAAGACUUCAACGGCGCCCAGUGCAAGGCGGUGUGCGUCGAGGCCGGAAUGAUUGCCCUGCGGCGCGACGCCACCGAAAUCAUGCAUGAAGACUUUAUGGACGCGAUCCUGGAGGUCCAGGCCAAGAAGAAGACCUCCCUCAACUAUUACGCCUAA